GAAAAUCAGUGCAAAUUGAUGCUGCCGUUCUGUUGAAGGACACAAAUAUUCUUCUGGACUCACGAGAAGAUUCCACCAAUUCUAGCCUGCCAGCCCUACAUUCCAUAAUUCGUCAAUCUAGUUCUCCUUUGCGAUCCCACCACAAGAUGUGUCUCUUUAAUUUAUCAGAGCAUUCUGUCACCCUACCAGUAACAUUGCGUCUCUACCCUAAGGCUCCUGUCUUCGUGGACAUUUCAACGAAAGAGAAGAAGGCUAAUGAUCAUGUUGACGAGACAAUGCUCAGACUCAUGGGACUGCGCAUCUGGAACUAUAAUCCGGCCGAUGUGAAAAGCAGAAAUUUUGGCGUCAAAAUGAUUAGUCUCUUUGACGAAAACCAACACCCACUGACUCUGUUCACAGAUACAUGCACUAACCUAGGCUCUACCGAAACAUUUCUGCGCAAGGGACUGGGCACGUGGGCUAUAGACUUUAGUCAAACCCUGCUUUUUUCUCCACCGCCAACACCAUCCAAAAAGGUCAAUUUGACCUGUCUCCAACCGGCCGAUCAAUUGCCGUUUGGACUUAUCUACCGAAUUGAAGUGUCCUUUCUGGAUCCACCAGCUAUUGCUGACAUGCAGUUGAUAGGACCGGAUGGAGAAGCAAUCCCGCUGGGCUCUGGCGGCUUUGGACGUGUAUUCAGUCUCAACGACGCGUCCAGUCUGGCCGCAUCAACAGCAAUGUCGGAGAAGAAGUGGCUUGUGACACACUUGAAGAGGCUUGCCAUUAAAUCGGCUAAACAGUCGACAGACAUCGAGACGGAAGUGAUCUGUUUUCUUGUCCUCUUUGACACAUUUGUGACAGCCUCAGGACUGCGAAUCUGGCUUCUGGAUCCGGCAUUUCAAAGAGAACUCAGAGUGACAGUUUUGGUGGAUGACAUUUUCUUCUUGAAGCAGGUGCACCUUCCUCAGAUGGACGAGUUGGCCGGCCUAACAACAACAGUCGACAAGCAUGUGUUGAGCAAUACUUCCAUUGUGCCUGGUGCCAGCCUUCUAAUGGCACUCGGAAUA